AUGUUUUCACUUAUUAUCAUAUUAUUCGCUUCUACAUUUAGUAGAAAUCAAGCAUUGACCAAUGUUGGUGGUGUACUUCGGAAGAAUACAAUAUGGAGCAGCUCUGGUAGUGCUAAUCCUUACUAUCUCACUGAUAAUGUUCAUGUGCCAAGAAAUGUUACAUUGAUCAUUCAGGCAGGCGUACAAAUUGUUUUUGAUAAAGGUGACUUUGAAAUACUUGUCAAAGGAAUCUUGCAAGUACGAGGAACUGCCUCAAAUCCUGUGUUAUUUUAUAAUGGUACAGAAACAAAUACUAAAUGGAUGAUAACACUGCAAUCAACUAAUUUAUCAGAAAGUUUCAUCACUAAUGCCAUUUUCACUGGACCUCAAAAAGGAUUACAAAUUACGACCAUAAUUGCUGGAUUAUCUCAAAAUACGGGUGUUUUAGUUGUUCACAAUACAAUGUUUCUUGAAAAUACAUCUAUUGAAUCAAAUGGUAAUUAUCCAUUUAAUUGCUACUUUCCUUUGGGUCGUUCUUCACCUGCUUCUUCACUCCAGUUGAUCUCAUCAGAAAUUAAAAAUUCGUUGGUAUCAACUGGCAAUACUUUCAGUGAAUCAAUUCUUAUAGUUAAUAGCAAACUUUUCAAUACAACUAUUCGACCAGCAGCAGCUGUAGAUGGCAUUCAGUUUGUUAAUUCUAAAUUGAAAAAUGUGACAAUUAAAGCUGAUUACAAUGAUCAGAAUUAUCCAAGUGCACCAGCUUUGCUUCAAUUUAAUGAUUCGAUAAUUGAAAACGCAGUAGAAGAAUAUCCAAAUUGGUGGCAAUUACCUAGUAUCCAUAUUAGAGUUUUUCGAAGUGAACUUGAAUAG